CGAGGGGCGGAGUGUCUGGCUCCAGUCCGGGUGCCUUGGCCCUUUAUGAUCCGCAGGCUCGGCGGCCCCGGGGCCACCUCGCCGGCGGUGGUGAGGGGAGGGGAGGGGACCAGACUCCUCCAGGAACCGGUCUGGGCCGCCCCUGCCUGUGCCUCUACCCGCUUCCUGCGCCCCCCUCCAGCCUCCCGCAGCCUCUCCCAGCGGAGUCUGCUCUGGGGCCUCCCCCACGUCCCCACAUCUCCGACGUCCCCAGGAGACUCCCGGGCCUCCGCCCUGCGAGGUGUUGGGUCCCCAGUGUUCCACCACUUGGGCAGGUGUCCCCAGCUCUGUUCACAGUGUGAUGAGGGAAAGCUGGCCAGAGAGACAGGAUGGCAGGUGCAAGGAUAUGUUACCAUGGAAUUUGUGACCAAAAGGAAGCUGGGCAUAAUAAGGGCAUCCAGAGAGCCCCUGGGGUCUGAGACCCUGGGCUGGAGGGUGCUGGCCACUCUUGGAGUUGGGUUCUCUUGGCAGGGCCUGGCCUCCGUGUUCUCCAACCGCACAUCCCGGAAGUCGGCCUCACGCUCGGACAGCGACAACAUGGCCGACGGCGAGGGCUACCGGAACCCCACGGAGGUGCAGAUGAGCCAGCUGGUGCUUCCCUGCCACACCAACCAGCGUGGGGAGCUGAGCGUCGGGCAGCUGCUCAAGUGGAUCGACGCCACCGCCUGCCUGUCGGCGGAGAGGCAUGCAGGGUGCCCCUGUGUCACAGCCUCCAUGGAUGACAUCUAUUUUGAGCAUACCAUUAGUGUUGGACAAGUGGUGAAUAUCAAGGCCAAGGUGAACCGGGCCUUCAACUCCAGCAUGGAGGUGGGCAUCCAGGUGGCCUCUGAGGACCUGUGCUCUGAGAAGCAGUGGUGUGUGUGCAAGGCCUUAGCCACCUUUGUGGCCCACAGGGAGCUCUCCAAGGUGAAGCUGAAGCCAACCCUGCCACGGACCGAAGAGGAGAAGACGGAGCACAGUGUGGCGGCCGAGCGCCGGCGCAUGCGGCUGGUCUACGCCGACACCAUCAAGGACCUCCUUGCCAACUGCGUCAUUCAGGACGAUCUGGAGAGCAGAGACUGUAGCCACAUGGUGCCGGCCGAGAAGACGCGGGUGGAGAGUGUGGAGCUGGUCCUGCCCCCCCACGCCAAUCACCAGGGCAAUACUUUUGGGGGCCAGAUCAUGGCCUGGAUGGAGAACGUGGCCACCAUUGCAGCCAGCCGGCUCUGCCGUGCCCACCCUACCCUGAAGGCCAUUGAGAUGUUCCACUUCCGGGGCCCAUCCCAGGUUGGGGACCGUCUGGUGCUCAAGGCCAUCGUGAACAACGCCUUCAAGCACAGCAUGGAGGUGGGCGUGUGCGUGGAGGCCUACCGCCAGGAGGCCGAGACCCAUCGGCGGCACAUCAACAGCGCCUUCAUGACCUUCGUGGUCCUGGGGGCAGAUGACCAGCCUCAGAUGCUGCCCUGGAUUCGGCCCCAGCCUGGGGAUGGCGAGCGGCGGUACCGAGAAGCCAGUGCCAGGAAGAAGAUCCGCCUGGACAGGAAGUACAUCGUGUCCUGUAAGCAGGCGGAGAUGCCCCUCUCUGUCCCCUGGGAUCCUAGCAACCAGGUGUACCUGAGCUACAACAAUGUCUCCUCCCUGAAGAUGCUCGUGGCCAAGGACAAUUGGGUGCUGUCCUCGGAGAGCAACAAGGUCCGCCUGUACACUCUAGAGGAGGACAAGUUCCUCUCCUUCCACAUGGAGAUGCUGGUGCACGUGGACACAGCCCAGGCCUUCCUGCUGCUCUCUGACCUCCACCGGAGGCCUGAGUGGGACAAGCACUGCCGGAGCGUGGAGCUAGUGCAGCAGGUGGACGAGGAUGAUGCCAUCUACCAUGUCAUCAGCCCCGCCCUCGGUGGUGACCCCAAGCCCCAGGACUUCAUCAUCCUGGCCUCUCGACGGAAGCCUUGUGACAUCGGGGAACCCUAUGUCAUUGCGCUGAGGUCAGUUACACUGCCCACGCACCGUGAGACCCCAGAGUACCGGCGUGGGGAGACUGUCUGCUCAGGCUUCUGCUUCUGGCGCGAGGGGGACCAGUUAACCAAGGUGUCUUACUACAACCAGGCCACCCCGGGCGUUCUCAAGUAUGUGACCACCAAUGUGACCGGCCUCUCCUCUGAGUUCUACACCACCUUCAAGGCUUGUGAACAGUUCCUCUUGGACAACCGGAACGACCUGGCCCCCAGCCUCCAGACCCUCUAAGCAUCCUCCCUGGCCACCUCACGUCCAUUCCCACUCCAUCCUGCCCCAAGUACAUGCGUGCAGUGCACUGAGGAAGCAGAGGCAUUUAUUCCUUCCUGCCUCCCCCGAGGGAAGCUGGGGUCCACCGGGCCAGCACCCCUGGGUGCU